UAAAACCGCAGGCAUGUAGCGCCGAGUCCUGCCCUUCUGGCCAGCUGCGAUCACAACGUUUGUCAUGUCCUGCGCCGACCGGCAAGACCUGCCGGCAGCUGCCCCAUUCACAGCAUGGACCAAAGAACUGUCUUGCUGAAAUUCCUCAAACAAGUUCAGGGCAAGAAAUUCAGCAAGGACCAGAAUAUUUCCGGGGAGUUUCUGAGACUGAAAAGGCAGUCAAUGAAAAACAAACAUGACAAAUCCUACUCAUCAGGUAAUGCAGAGAAGCAAGAGAAUGCCAAGAGGAAUCGCUAUAAAGACAUUCUACCCUUUGAUCACAGCCGUGUGCAGCUGUCCCUGGUCAUUUCCGACACUGAUACUGAUUACAUCAAUGCAAGCUUCAUCAAGGGCGUGUAUGGACCACAAGCCUACAUCGCAACGCAGGGCCCUUUGCCACACACAGUGCUGGACUUCUGGAGAAUGCUGUGGGAGUAUAACGUUAUCGUAGUCGUUAUGGCUUGUCGUGAGUUUGAGAUGGGACGGAAAAAAUGUGAGCGAUAUUGGACCGACCAAGGAGAAGAUCCAUACUGUACUGGGCCUUUCAGUAUUACUUGUGAAAAAGAAGAGGUCAAAUUGGAAUAUAUCAUCAGAACAUUGAAAGUUCAUUACCAAAAUAUCGAUCGGACUGUGUAUCAACUUCACUACUUCAAUUGGCCAGACCAUGGUGUCCCAUCUUCAAUAGAUCCCACCUUGGAACUGAUCAAAGACAUGCGGGACAUUCAGCAGCAUGAUGAUGUCCCCAUCUGCAUUCACUGCAGUGCUGGCUGUGGAAGGACGGGUGUGAUAUGUGCCAUUGAUUACACGUGGAAGCUGCUCAAGGAUGGGAUAAUCCCAGACAAUUUCAAUAUUUAUGACCUGAUUCAAGAAAUGAGAACACAGAGACCAUCAGUUGUGCAAACCAAGGAACAGUAUGAGUUGGUCUACAGAACGGUCAGCAUUCUGUUUGAGAAGCAGUUAGAAGUCCUAAACACCAACCCUGGAUUCAAUUACGAUGAGCAGAUUAAUGAACUGCCUGUGAUGUCAGCGAGACCCGAGCCAGAAACCAUCCAACCAUCAACAAACUCACCUUGUUACAGGCCACAAAAAGAGGAAAGAAGUUUACAAUUCAUGGAUCAAGACUUACCAAUAGUGGAUCAAUACAACCAGUCAGGAUUCCCCUCCAUUUGGCACAGCCAUUCUCAUGGAUUAAUAACAGACUUGGACGAUAACCCCAGUAAAAAUGAAGAUCUUUCUCAACAUAUCCAGGAUUCUACUUGCGUGGCAGGAUGUCCAUCUGACAGAGGACCAGAACAACAGAUGAGCCUGAGCCUUGACAGAAACAUUAAAAGGAUAUCAUGGGGUGAAUUAUCCCACAACUCAGAGAAACUAUGGCACAGCGCAAUACAGUCAGCAAACAAGCCCUGCUUAACCAGGGCCAAGUCGAACCCAUUCACCAUCACAAGUCAGGAUCUUGUCGAACCAAAGGCAUCAUUUGACAUCAAGCGAUACAGCCACAUGGAUUCCUUAGAAUUGCUGAGUAUCAUUUCCAAUGAUUCGCCCUCAACCAAAUGCAAUAGUUUACCACCAGCUGGGGGAACCUGGAAUCCCUGUCAUUGGGAAUCUGCUCAGGAAGAUAACACCAAUGUUCACGAAGACCCAGGGAGCCAAUCCUUCUCGCAUCUCUGUUCCCAGGCAAUGUUUCCUUCCACCUAUCUCACUGAAGAUCCUUAUUUUUCCCCUCCUGGCUCAGCACCGGGCCAACUACUGGAGGACAACAUGUUCUCCUGUCAGGACUUGCCCUGCGAACAACUAGAUAAUCUGAUCUCGGCCAGGAGCCGGUCUGAGAAUGAGUAUAGUGAGCUUCCAACCUGCCCAAGAUCCUUCCAACCCAUUCGAGCAGAGUCCAUGGAGGAAGGAUGGGAUCAUCACACCCUUGUUGAAACAGAAGUGAUGAAAGAAAUGAUUUCUGAAGAAGAAAUCCCUCCUCCUCUGCCAGAGCGAACUCCUGAAUCGUACAUUUUGGCAGAAAACCCUGAUCCUGUACCAGUUGCCCCAGCCUCUCUGAAAAUUGGGACAUCUUUGGAGUGGAGUGGUUGCACCCAAGCAGAGGGCUUCACGGAAUCUGUCAAUGUGAAGACACGGAGUAAGAGUUUGAAAUUGCGGGGCUUUAGGAAGGAUAGGAAGACUGAAUCAUUAUUACUUCCAGUUUCACUGAGUUUGCCACGGUCUGACAGAGCUCCCUCUCCUGAGAUGCACAAUCCCAGAUCAUCACCUGAUCCCAAUAAGGUCUUUGCGAGGAGCAAGAGUAUGAAAAUUUUACGAAGUAUGAAGAAAACAAUAAGUGGUGGCUCUUCACCAUCCAGGACUGCUGUGCCGGAGCCAAGCCCAGAACAGAGUCGCUUCCUUCCGAAAUUUGGGUUUAAGAGUCGAUUUGCGAAACAGAAAGGAUCACGAAAUCCUUCUCCAGAUUUGGUCUGACACAAUCCUUUGUGGAUUCCUCAAGAAAUCGAAUGGGGUGAUGUUCUGAGAUCGCCUUCUGAGUUGCUCCUCAAGAAAGGAACCCCACUUCUCAUGGGAUGAGAAAUUCCUCCUUGCCAGGGAAAGGAGAAUUCCCAUUCUCUCUCAUGAUAAACAAAGCACAAGUGACCUGACCUCACGCAUUCCAUUAGCAUGCGACUGAAUGGAAGAAUAGAUUCUGUGACACUUUUUAAAAAGAUUCUGCUUCGGGUCAACUUUUUGAAGCACUGUUUCACAUCUCAAGAACCGCAGGGCUACAGUCAAAUGUAUUUACAUAUUGUAAUCUUUUGAAAACAUUGUUACACCCUUUAAAAUAUAAAGCAACAUUUUUCUCUUCCUUCUGGAGUGGGCAUACCAAAUUACAAAAAUAGUUAAUUGCACACUGACUCAGGUGUGUCUAAUGUGGAACAAUGAGAGUGUGAGUUUGGAAACUUGUUCAUUUACAACUGGCUAUGAUUAUUUUUCAAACGCAGGCCCUUUCAGUACUUGGGGAUGAGUCUGUUGUAAACUCAGUGACAUCAAUAAAGAAUGACUGAGAUUUGUA